CACACUUGCUCUAGAUUUCUCUUGUCCAAACAUCCUAAGAAGUUAUUUGCCACUAUGCUUGUUGGAGGCUUAAGCACGACCAAGCCCGCAACUCCAGAAAUCCAAGAGAUUGCUGACCAGGUGAAGCCACAGCUAGAAGGGAAAGAGAACAAGACUUAUUCAGUCUUUGUAGCUAUAAUAUAUAACACUCAGGUGGUUGCUGGAAUAAACUAUUUCAUUAAGGUCUCCAUCAGCAACAGCAAUGAUGAGUGUGUACACUUGAAGGUGUAUGAGAACAAGGGGCCCAGUCUUACCCACUAUGAGACUGGCAAAACCAAAAAUGAUCCACUGGGAUAUUUUUAAUGAGAUUCUUGGGAUGAGCUCUUCUGUUGCUCUUUCUGCAGACUCCCAACUGAUACCGCCUGUGCCAAUACAUUA